AUGAAAAGAAAAUUGGGUAUUUUUAAAAACUUGCAACAGGAAUUAUGCUGUAAUCUUGAGGAAUUUGAUAGAAAGCACUUCUAUAUAGAAAUGAAAAAGGAGGGUAAUAGAUCUAAUACAGAAAUAUGUCCAUCUAAAUGGAGUAUGUUUCUAUUUGAAGCAAUCAGCUAUUUGCAACGAGAUUUUGAUAGAAAAAGAGGAGGUUAUAUAGAUAAGAAAGAGGUUAUAGCUGAAAUUCAUAAAGAAAUAUUUCCAGAAA